CCCCUAACCCUUAAGCUGCUCUUCGCUCAUCUUUCUGGCAUCCUCGUUAGCUGUUCUUCCUACUCGACCUCGCCUCCAAGUCCCAAGAGCAGGAAUGGAGUAUAAUCUACCAGUCAAUGUCCGGGAGUAUCAAGAACUCGCCAAGAAAGCACUACCAAAGAUGCACUAUGAUUACAUGAAUGGGGGUGCAGAGGAUGAGUACACAUUGAGAGAGAACAUUGCAGCAUAUGGAAGAAUUCUGUUAAGGCCACGGGUCCUUGUGGAUGUCAGCAAGAUAGACAUGUCAACAAGCUUACUAGGAUAUGAUAUGCCAUCGCCGAUAAUUGUCGCCCCAACAGGGGCACACAAAUUAGCAAAUCCAGAAGGGGAGGUGGCCACAGCAAGAGCUGCAGCAGCAUGUAACACCAUAAUGGUGCUUUCCUUCGGAUCCAGCUGCAAAAUCGAGGAGGUUGCGGCCAGUUGCGAUGCCGUUCGCUUUUAUCAGCUAUAUGUGUACAGGAGAAGGGAUGUUUCGGCAACGUUGGUACGGCGGGCUGAGAGUUUAGGAUUCAAGGCAAUUGUCUUGACAGUUGACACACCUGUGCUUGGUCGGCGUGAGGCUGACAUCCGAAACAAGAUGGUUUUCCCACUGUCGCCAAACCUUGAAGUUUUAAUGUCACUCGAUGAUGAUGUUGGCACUGAAGGUGGCUCCAAGUUUGAACGAUUCGCACGCGAGACGCUGGAUCCAUCUUUGUCAUGGAAGGACGUGGAAUGGCUCAAGUCCAUCACCAGCCUGCCGAUCCUGCUCAAGGGCAUCGUCACCGCCGAGGACGCCAGGAAGGCCGUGGAGGCCGGGGUGGCCGGCGUGAUCGUGUCCAACCACGGCGCGCGGCAGCUGGACUACGCGCCGCCCACCAUCACCGUGCUUGAAGAGGUGGUUAAGGCGGUGGCGGGGGCCGUGCCGGUGCUGGUGGACGGCGGGAUCCGGCGGGGCACCGACGUGUUCAAGGCGCUGGCGCUCGGCGCCAAGGCAGUCAUGGUGGGGAGGCCGGUGUUCUUCGGGCUGGCGGCGCGCGGGGAGGCCGGGGCGAGGCACGUGAUCGAGAUGCUGAACAGGGAGCUGGACCUGGCCAUGGCGCUCUGCGGCUGCCGGAGCGUAGCGGAGGUCACAAGGCGUCACGUCCAGACCGACGGCGACCGGAUCCGGGCCAUGCUGUGAGGCUGUACAUAGCUUGAUAGCUACAAGUGCAGUCCACAGCCUAUUCAACAAAUCUUAUGCGCCAUGUCGGCAUGUCCACAUACAUUUCGACAAUGACAAUUCAGAGAUUCUGAGAUACAGUCAGCGAGCAGGUGAAACAUUUUGCUGCAAUGAACGACAUACAGUUUUCAAAAUGCGCUUAAAA